AUGAAAUUCGCACAAGAGUUCAAGAAGCAGCUUCAACAAGAAGGCUUCCCACAGAAAUGGGUCGACUCGGCCAUUCCCUACGGCCAACUCAAGAAAUGCCUGAAGAGGGUCACCAAUGAGUUACAGGAGCUAGGCCUCGACAAGGACACUCUGGCCCAGCUCGCUGCCGCCCAGUCCUCCGCUAGCGCCGCCUCUGAGAGUCAGCAUGGUUUCCUAUACCUUUUGGACGAGGAGCCUAGUAAGACGCGGCACUUGAGGCCGAGGCUGACUGUCUUCGUCCACCUCGAGGACGGCGUCGCCGUCGAUGCAACCCUUUCACCAGCAACCAGGGACUUUCUGGGCAAGAUUGCCUCUAGGGGAUCUAGCGGCUCGCCUACGUUUUCCAACGCGUCCUCGGCCGAGGAGGGUGCGCCCUCGGACCUUGCCGCCCCCAGCCAGGACAACUUCCACGAGAAGUCGGGUCGCAUCCAGGCACCGGAAUCUGUCAGUCAUUUCUCUUCUGUCCAGAAAAUCGAGGUCCCGUUGGUGUUCGAUGGGGAGUUCUUCGAUAUUCUGCAGACAGAUGUGUCCAACCUGGAUGUGCUCCAAGACGAGGAGCAGCAGCGGAUGAAGAGGGACGUCGUCGCCCUGGGCCAAGAAAUCUCCAAGGCUACGAAGCCCUCCGCCGGCAAGAAGGCGAAAGACGAUCUGACAAAGUGGCGGGACAUAUUCGAACUAUACCUCGAUGCAAGGGUCUUCUUUUCGACCCGGGAGAGUGACCACGGUGCACGAAGUAGCGCACAAGCACUCAAGCAGCUCCAAUGGUUCCAGCAGGAAGUUUUGAAGCGCAGACUCGUUCAGGGAUUGAAGCUGAAAGAGAGCCGAGAGGCCUUCAAUAGAUUCAUCAAUGUCAAUGCCGUUCUCUUGCAGAACCUCAAGUUCCAGGAGAUAAAUCAGAUUGCCGUCAGGAAGAUCCUCAAAAAAUUCGACAAAAGAACCUCGUUGGGGGUAGCCAAGACCUUUCCGGUGGCAGUCCACUCCCAGAGGCUCCUGGCUGGGAGCAUUGCCAAAGAUCUUUGUGCUCAGGUAUCCAGCGAAGUCAUCGCCACGAUCCCGCAACUCGACGACUACCUGUGCCCAAUCUGCUUCGCCAUCGCCUACUGGCCGAUUCGGCUGCAUUGUGAGCACGUCUUCUGCAGUCGCUGCCUGGUCAAGAUGCAGCGAAAGGGGGAGAGAUUCUGUCCUCUGUGCCGCGGCGACGUAAUCAUGAAAGCUGGGUCGGAAAAUUUUGACACUGCCCAUGCCGAGUUCCUCAAGGAGUACUUCCCCAAGGAGGUGAAAGAGAAAAUCCGUGCCAACGAGCUGGAACGUGGCAAGGAGAUCUUUGGUCCGGACUACACAGACAGGCCUUGCUGCGUUAUGUGA